AUAAGGACAGAGCUGCAUCCCCCUCUACCACUCUUUGGAGACUCUCUCUAGCAACUCGGCACUACAGCAGCUCUGUACAGGCAUUUUCAGUGCUUCUGGGGGACACACCAAUAAAAUAAUUAAAGAUUUGUACCUGCUUGUUCACAUGUGUCCAGGGGGAGAUGAAGUACAUUGGAUCCUGCCUAGUUUGGCUCUGUAUGGCAGUCUUUCUCCUUCCUGUUUCUACUUCUGUGGCUGUCAGUGACCAGACAGGUGCUGUGUGUCCUUUAAUGAAAACAGUUGCCCGUCAUCUCCAACAAAUCAACAGAGACAGUCGUGGUGUAUCAGGGUUUGAUCUGGCAGAAAGCUUUUCUUUAAGGCAAACAUCUUGUGGUGGGGAAAAGAUCUGCUUUAAACUGGGAAGUGCACCUCUCAUUAGAGAUACAAGGCAAGUAUUUCCAAAUGGGCUUCCUGAAGAAUACUCUCUGGUUGCUACGUUCCGUGUACGGCGAAAUACCAAGAAAGAGCGUUGGUAUAUAUGGCAAGUUUUAAAUCAGUAUGACACACCUGAGAUCUCUGUCCUCCUGGAUGGUAAAAAAAAGGUGGUGGAGUAUAUGACCAAAUCCUCUGAGGGAAAUAUACUGCACUACACUUUUAAGAGUCGAGAAAUUUAUCCAUUGUUUGAUCGGCAGUGGCAUAAGCUUGGUAUUAGCGUGCAGUCAGGGAUCAUUUCCCUCUAUUUGGAUUGUAAUUUAAUUGAGAGAAAGCAGACUGAUGAAAAAUUCACCAUUGACUUGCAGGGAAGGACCCUGAUUGCUUCUCGUGCUGCGGAUGAUAAGCCUGUAGAUAUUGAACUUCACCACAUAGCAGUUUAUUGUAAUUCACAACUUGCAGUAGAAGAUACAUGUUGCGAAAUAUCUGCAGACUUGUGCCCGCAUGGGGAAAUGUUACUGGCUACAACUUCAUCACCAGUGACUGUUCAUGCCAGCAAAAUAUACACGCUUCCAGUGAUGCAGCAAGAAUCUACACAGAGAUGCUACUGCUUUCCAAAUAAAGGAGAAGCAGGAUUGCCAGGAGUAGCUGGUUUGCCAGGCCACAAAGGAGAGAAAGGUGAAAAGGGAGAGAUGGGUGUGAAAGGACUGGACGGUGUUGCAGGUCUGCCUGGUGAGAAGGGCGAACGUGGCUUUCCAGGUAGUAAAGGGGAAGAAGGUGAAAAGGGUGAAAAAGGAGAUAAAGGAGAACCAGGACCAGAAGGCCUUCCUGGACCAGAGGGACUGAAAGGUGACCCUGGUAGUCCUGGUAUGGCUGGUCCAAAAGGAGAAAAGGGAGAUGCAGGACCUCCAGGACCAGCUGCCUUGACUGGUUUGCUGGAGGGUCCUCAAGGUCCACCUGGCAAAGAAGGUCAAAGGGGGAGACGAGGCAAACCAGGCCUUCCAGGAAAACCGGGGCCACCAGGACCUCCUGGUCCAUCUGGACUAAAAGGAAUCCUGGAGUCAUUGAACAAGCAUUAUAAUGAGAGUGACACAAGACUACUGGGAGUACUUGGGACCCCUGGACUUAAAGGCCAAAAAGGAGACGUUGGUCAAAAAGGAGAACAGGGAAUGACUGGUGCAAAAGGAGAAAAGGGAGAGCCUUCUGAAAAAGGGGACAAAGGAGACCCAGGAGAGACUGGAAUGGAGGGAUCAAAAGGAAAUAAGGGUGAAAUAGGAGAUCCUGGACCACCUGGUCUUAUUGGAAAUCCAGGAUCAAAGGGACUGCAAGGCCCUCCAGGACCUGUUGGACCCAGGGGACUGCCAGGAGAAGUUGGCUUACCAGGAGAUCCUGGGGUACCAGGAAACCCAGGAAUUAAAGGAGACAAGGGUGACCCUGGUGGAAUUAUGGGACCACCUGGACAUCCAGGUCCAAAAGGCGAUAUGGGGCCUCCUGGACCAAGUCUGCCUGGAACACCAGGUCCCACUGGUGUUCCUGGAAACCCAGGUCCAAGAGGGCCAAAGGGAGAAAGAGGACUACCUGGUGUACAGGGAGCACCUGGGGAGAUGGGGCCCCCUGGAAUAGGCAUUCAGGGGUCACCAGGUCCUAUAGGUCCAACUGGAUCAGCAGGUGUGCAGGGCCCUAGGGGACCUCCAGGAUUACCAGGAGCUCCAGGUACCCCUGGUAUUAAUGGCACUCCAGGAAGAGAUGGAAAGCCAGGACUACCAGGCCCUCCAGGUGAUCCUGUUGCACUUCCACUUGUGGGAGACAUGGGUGCUAUACUGAAGGGUGAUCCUGGCACAAGAGGUCCUCCAGGCAUUCCUGGCAGAGAAGGACCAAAAGGAAGCAAAGGUGAACGUGGAUUUCCUGGGCUUGUGGGGGAAAAGGGCGAUGAGGGUCUUCAAGGUGCUCCUGGACUGCCAGGUGUAUCAGGACCCAGUGGCCCAUCUGGAGUCCCAGGAAGACCUGGACAUCCUGGUCCAGCUGGAGCAAAAGGAGAAAAGGGUAGUGAAGGUUCUCCUGGGAAACCUGGACCACCUGGGCCUCCGGGUAUGCCUUACAAUGAAAGAAAUGGAAUGAGCAGCUUAUAUAAACUGCAGGGAGGAGUGAGCGUCGCGAGUUAUCCGGGUCCACCAGGACCUCCGGGUCCAAAAGGGGAUCCUGGAACAGUGGGAGACCCAGGACCAAUGGGAUUACCAGGACUGGAAGGACUCCCAGGGGAAAAGGGUGACCGUGGACCAGCUGGAGCACCAGGAGUGUCAGGGACACCGGGAAAGCCGGGAUCUCCUGGGUCUCCAGGGUUGCCAGGAGAACCUGGUGAAAGAGGACCUAUAGGAGAUAUAGGCUUCCCUGGUCCAGAAGGGCCACAAGGAAAACCAGGAAUCAAUGGAAAAGAUGGCUUGCCAGGUCCUCCGGGUGCUGUGGGAAGACCAGGAGACAGAGGACCCAAAGGAGAACGUGGAGAUCAGGGUAUUCCAGGGGACAGAGGUCCACAGGGUGAACGAGGGAAACCUGGCCCAUCAGGAGAAAAGGGGGAUGUGGGUCCUGUUGGCCCUCCAGGAGACAGAGGCUAUCCAGGAUCCCCAGGUCAUCAAGGUCCCCCAGGCUCACCAGGACCCCCAGGGUUUCCAGCUGAUGCAAUUUCACUUGAAGAAAUAAAAAAAUAUAUCAAACAAGAGGUUCUUAAGGUAUUUGAAGAAAGGAUGGGUCAAUUUGUAUCCCAGCUGAAGCUGCCUGCUGCAAUGCUUGCCUCCCAAGCUCAUGGAAAACCAGGGCCCCCAGGAAAAGAUGGAUCACCAGGGCCACCAGGAAAGGAUGGUUUGCCAGGGCCACCAGGAGAACGUGGAAUUCAAGGUUAUAGAGGACAGAAAGGGGAAAGAGGCGAACCUGGAAUUGGACUGCCUGGUAACCCUGGACCACCUGGCCCUGCAGCUGCUGGCCUGCCAGGCCCACCAGGAGCAUCAGGCUCACCGGGACCGCAGGGGCCGCCUGGAGCCAACGGGAGGUGCAAUCCAGCAGACUGCUACUACCACAUGUCACAGACUCGCUCACGCACCAGCAGGAAAUAAAAUCCCUCUCCCCCAGACACUUGGGUUCACGGUCACUUUUCACUCUUUCCAAUAAGUUAAUUUAAUUUUUGAAAUAUUUGGUGCAUUUUUUUUUCUCUCGACGCUGCAUGGUAUAUAGAUAAUUUGUAAGGCACAAAAUUGAGCCUUUUUCUAUGUUAUUUGCAGUGUCAUAAUGAUGACAUGAUGUCAUAUAUUUUCCAGAGUGCAUUCCAUGUGUUGUUUCUCAUAUUUAUUUUGCUUAGAACAGAAAAUAGGCCCAAAUAAUUUUCAUAAACUUCUUUCUUCAAACAAAAAUAUUUUAUUAUAACUUAUGACAUUAUAUAUGCCUCCAUAUGUAAGCUGGCUUUAUUUUUCUUGCUGGUGGUGAAUUUUCAAUAGAAAAAAUACAUUUCUGAAGUUACAAAGUGUACUCAUUCAUAGCGAAUGCAGGACCUGAGCUGGAGCUCUGGGAACUCUGUUCAGACUAAACAUUCAUGUCCCUCAAGGAGGCUCCAGCACACCUUCUGAAAAGGGUCUGCCAUGCUCCAGGAAUGCUGCCCACCACUUCACAGUCACAUCCAAGAUGGCAAAGAAGGAAACAAGAUGUGUUUAUGGUCUCCUUAUCUCAUCCAACAAUGAGCUUCAAACUGACUGGAAAAUCACCGGGUGUAGCUCCAGGAAGUGUCUCUCCUGACUGGAUUUAGUCCCAACUGGGGGCUCGUAUGUUCCUUUAGUCGUGGUUAAACAUACCCAAAUAUUAAAUGCAAGAGGCUGCUGACAGUGUUCUGGACUGAGAGCUGGCACACCUUUAACCAUUAGGUGGACUGAGUAAGGCUGCUAAGGCCUGGAGUCAAGCUACUCUGCCAUUAAGUCUGCCUACAGCAAAGGUGACCCCUUGCUUUAGAGCAGAGGUUGGUGAGUACAUAUUCCAAUAAUGGAACUUCACAACCUUCUAAUCUUGGUGAUGGCACUGUUUUCCUCUUCCUCCUGCAAUAUUCACAGGUUGAAAUCAGCUUGAGAACAUGGAAUCUGUAGAGUGCACAACUCACAGGUUCUGUCAAAUGGUGACAGAAAAUUUCUUGAGUUCAAGAGAAACUUGGAAAAAGUACAAAACCCUCCUAUAAAGGCGUACUAGUGAGAGCAACAGCAUCCAGUUUUCAGGCAGUUAGUAAAGGCUGCAGGAACAGACAAUGUAAAUGAUGAACAAAACAAAACAAUGUGUAACUUCUGUGGAGUUCAAAGGGUUGAGUAAAAGAAAAUCUGGAGAAAAUGGAUCAUACAGAUGAUCCUGAAAAGGAGUGAGUAGGAGUGGCCAAAAUUUCACUUCUGAUUAUUAGUAAACAGAUGAUCCUAAGUUAGUCCUGUGGAAUUUUGUACGGUGCAAUAGAAAGCGAGGGUGCUAUUUAGAGAACACAGACAUCAAUAACCUACAAUUUCAAAAUGCACCUGUAGUACAAAGCCAUACUGAGGGCUCUUAUCCCAUUGUUUGGAAGUUAGUCACUCUCCCACGGCAGGCAGGAAAGUAGUUUUGAUAACUUUGUGCUUGAGCAGUACUGAGCUACCAGGGAAAUAUUCUCAAAUUGGAAGUCCUGGCUUCCAGAGAAGCUGUUGUGAUACAUGAAUCUGGCUGAUUUCUGGGUUUUGCUUAAAAGCAGUUAAGGAAUGACUGGUGGGAGUCUUUAGCAAAAGAUGCACAUUGGCAUUUGUUCUGAAUAGAGUUCCUAGCACUUGCACCCUGAGCAGAGGAGCAAGAUGAGAGCAAGAGGGGACAGAAGUAACUCAGGCAGCAGCUGGGGCACUCAGGAUACUUUCUGAAAGGGAAAGCACACAUCCCUGACAUGUUCAUUGGUUAGGUGUUUGGAGGAGAGAAGGUGUUUGCUACAAAAGGAUGUUAAAGGAAAUACGGGGAUGGAAGGCCGAGAGUAAACACCUGGGACAGGAAAGGGCAGCAGGAAUGAGGAUGGCAGAAAACCUGUGGCAUACCAUGAAACUAUCUCCUGAGGGAGCUGCGCUACACCCUGCAGCUUGGGGAGUCAGGGUGCUUUAUCUGUUCCUUGUGAGAACAGGGUCAAAAGCCCACAGGUAAACCAAAUCCUCACACCUCCUGUUCUUCUCACCCCUCACUCCUCGGGAGGCAAUGGCUGUCCCUUCUGCAGGCCAGCACAUCCUCUGCUCUGCAGGCAGCGGGCACCUGUCCUGCUGGGGUGAAGGUGCAUUUGGAACAAGUGGUCCUGCCUGAGCUCAGCUCAGCACAAGCUGCUCCCACUCCAGAACUGCUGUGCCCAUGGAACAUGUUUUGGUUUGCUCUGUGGAACUGAUCACCCUUCCAGUCCUGGUCCACAGAGCACUGGGGCUGUGGGAGUGCUGGGAAUGGUGAGGCAGCUUGAGACCGAGCACUGAGGCACCGACCGCUGCCAUGGGUCUGCCUGCCCAGAGAGCACAGCCUGGCACCAGCACAUCUCAGUGUCUAAACAUGGGCACCAGAGGAGGAACAGCCCCACAUACCGGUGUCCAUUCUCUGAAAGGAACUGCUGGUCAGGUAUCUUGCAUAAACAUUCUCUGUUUCUUUUGGGUUUUGGGUUUGGUUGGGUUUUUUUGUUACUUCUCUAGUAAUUCCAAUAUAUGUAAUAAUCUAAACAUUUUUUAUUUCAUAAGUUAAUUUUGAAUUUCAUUUUCUGUGAUAAUAUUGCAAAGGGUGCUGUUUUGUGGUAGUACUUGAGUGACUUAGAGGUUCCCAAGCAGCCCCAUCCUGGAAGGCUGUACAUAGACCAUUGCACCGCAUUGGUGGUAUCUGUAUAUUUUGGGGCUUUUAGCUUGCUGAAACCCAGCAUCUGUUAUCUGCCAGAUGCAAUUGCUGUAUUUUAAUUUACUUGAACUUAUUGGGAAGCAGAACACUUUUUAUAUUUGAAGAAGUUUUAUUUUUUCAUCUAUGUUUCCUACAGAUGCCUUUUUCUUUUUAUAGGCUCAAAGAGAAAUGUCUUUCUAAAAUGUAUUUGAAUGCUUUCAGUUGAUUUGCAGGUAACUUUGGCAAUUAUCUUGUUGCAUUAUUUUUAUUUUGCUAAAAGCCCAAUUUAAUUUUCUCAUGUGAGAAAACGGGUAAUUUUUAUAUGGGCUAUCUCAGUACCUAUUUUAAGAUGCCACUUCUUCACUGGGGUAGAGCAGAGCUAAUCCCAGCUUAACUUUAUUUCACACUGGCUUGCUCCUAAUUCACAUUUUUAGAAUUGAAAGUGGAAUAUGGCUGGAAACAUGUAUCUGCAUGCUUUUCAGGUUUGGCCCCUGAAAUUUCUUUACAGUUUCAGACUGAUGUUGUCUUAGUUUUUGGGCAGGAGGCCAGGGAGGGAAGAGGGGAUGCUAAUCUAUUUUGCAAUUUGCUUUAUCAGUUUUGUAUCUGUUUUAAGAAGUUCGUGCUGCAGUAAGCACUGCAAGGAAAUAAACACAAGGGGUUAUUUCUUUCCAGUAGCAUAAGGUCUUUUAUUCUUCUUUGGGUUUGUUUACAUGCAACAAGACUCAGAAGUGAAAUAACUUUGACAAAAUGUUUUUAAACCUUUUUUAAAAGCUCUUUAAGCUUUAUCCUAGUUCAGGGUCAGACUUCUAUAUUUUAUGGCAAGUUGCAUUAUCACCUAGUAAAAAUGUGUUGGGAUUUUCUUUAAAUAGCAAUGUACAGAACUACUCAGUUUGCCUAAAGAAAGUACAAACUUCCUCAGAGGGAAGCUUCCCCGAGGCUGCAGCAGACCUCCUGCUGUCCGCAUGGUGGAGUGCAAAACAUCCUUUCAGUACAACGAUUACAGCCCAGGCAUAACUGGCCCAGCAGAACAAGAGCUGACCCAGCCAUGUGUAUUCUCACAGCACAACAGUCUGUGUUUCUGAUUUUGUUCUUGAGACUUACUUUUUUCUAUUUUCUUUCUUCAAACCUCUUUAGUUUUGCAUGGCGGUAUUUGCAGAAAUACUGCCUUUCUUGGAUAAUCAUUGUAAGAUAAUAUUGCUAAGAUUUUAUUUGUGUUUAUUAUUAUAUUGUGGUUUAUGUAUGUUACAAAAGAAUAUUUUGUGGUGAGACGUCUCAUUUUCAGGCAUCAUUUAUGUCCCCUGCAAUGAUGUUUGUCCCCUGGGGAGGAGGGACUCACCUUUGGCUAGUAAAAACUUCAGCAGCAUCUGAUGUACAAUUGGGCAGCAGCACAGCCUGGCAAUGUUUUGAGAACCAAUAUUCUUACCGUAAGCUGGAUCUGGUUUAAAUGUUAAAAGAGCACUGUGAUGCAGAAACUGUAUUGAUUAUCUAUCCCUCCCUUACAUUUUAUGAUUGUGGGUUAUGACAGAUGUUAGGUAUGCACAUCUUUGUUAAAUAAAUGGGGGUUUUAAUUAAUGGACAAUCACAAAAUAUUUUGGAUCUUCUUUUUCACAAGGGUGAAAUGUUAUUUUUCAUGUCUAUGUACGCUCAAUUUUUUUCUUUUUUUUUUUCUGAAAUGUUUAUAUGAAAGUCUUGUAAAAACCCCUCUGGCUAAAUUAGCAUUUUAUAAACUUGUUUCUCCAAACAGACUACAUAAAACCAGUCCUUAAUCUUGCAUUUUACCAAUGCAGUAGAAAUGCUGCUCUAAUGUGAGAUGUUAGAACAAGAAAAGUAACUCAGAAAUCAAAACAUUGCUAGUUUGGGGUGUGUUUUUAUUGAAUUCAUAGAUUCUGAAUGUAACAAGUCAUGCAAUUUUUUCCUGAAAUCUGAUAUGUCCACUACAAUUCAAUUAUACUGGAUGGAUGUUUAAAUCACCUCCAUGCAUGUAGGUGGGUGUAGGCCAUGGAUAACGAGCUUAAACCUGAUUUUGUCAUGAUUGGUAUUUAAGUGGGAAAUUCAAGCUUCAGGAUACUGUAAGGAAAUGUGGUUUUCAAAUAUUAAUUGCUAACAAAUAUUACAGAUUCUAGACCAAAAUAAGUUUGUAGCUACAAAGAUUGGAGUCUACAUGUCUUUUAGCAGUUUUCUUUCUUAGUCUGCUAUUCUAUAAACACGAAUGCAUUUAAUUACUUACUGCAGUUUUAAUGUAAAUAUAUUCUGUCUCCAGUCAGAAUGUUUGAAGGAUUCUCAAUGACACACCUUGGUGUUUUGUAUUCUUUCAUUUCUGAACUGUAUGCAGCUGUCACUGAAUGAAUCACAGAACAUGAUGACUGGUUGCUUCCUUCCUUCCUUAUAUUUUUGGUUUGCAGCAUUUAAGAUUCAGUUCAAUGGAAAUGUAUUAAGUGGAUGAAAAAUAACUUUUUACAUUAUUGUGUGGCCAUGUACAUCUGAAACAGGAUGCUGGAUGGAAAUGGAAGUAUUUCACAUACUUUCUGUUUGUGGCUCUGUCAAAAAAUGUCAAUCUUUCCUUCUGUGUCAAAUCACAAGAGGGAGGAUGCAACUGCAAACAGGAGAAAGGAGAGGCACAAAGCCACUGCAGUGAGCUCUGGGGAGAAGUCAGGGUGGGUUGGCUGAAUUUGGGGGGCUGGAUUUCAACCCCAACUGAAGUCAGGCUUGUGCUUCCUAAGCCUGGUGAAACUUAGAGCUCUACAAUCUGGAUUAAAAAACAAACAAACAAAACCAACUAAAUGCAAAACCUUGGUCUUAAUAUGUAUAUAAUUAAUGGAAAUUAAUGCAUUCUCUGAAUGCAAAUAAACUUCCUGCUCAAGUAGGAGAUAAUCACUUUUAUUCAAGGAACUGAUUGACUGAACUUUAGGAAACUGUAGGAAUUUUCAUUUUUCUCUUGCUGCCUAACUCUCCCAGGAGGAAAAAUGCUGAUGGCAUUUUAAAGGACUCUAGGUAAUAAUUUCACCACUUACUUGAUUUUCUUUCUUCCAAUUUCAUAGUGACUUCAGAAAUUUUGUUUUGUUUAUUGUCUGAAGCUGCCAGGUUUACUCGUCCUUUUGAAUGCACAGACAGCAAGCAAAACCGAACAGGAAAAACAAAAAGUGAAGGGAGGGAAUAAAACUGAAGCUGUAGCAAAUCACACAGGAGGAACUUGCCCUACAAAAUAUAGAUUAUUCUUCUCUACCUGUGACCCAUGAGCAGAGGAGAUGCAGCAACUGCGUUUUUUAAGUAUAAAGGAAGCAGAGGUUACAUGGCCAAAAAAUAAUAGUGAUGAACAGGUCAAGCAAACAUAUUUCACACAAUUAUCUAAGCAAUUGGACAAGAUUUGCAAAAAUGCAGUGUUUGUAUUUGGUGCCCAACUGCUGUGUUCUGCCAGGAUGAAUUAAUGCUGUUGUCUCUGAAAAAAAAUAGUGCUUCUUGGGAAACCUGGUUUCUUGUUCUUUCUGUCCUUCAAGUAACCUUCAAAAUACCAUCUGUUGACCCUUUUCAUAUUUGAAGUAAAACAAAUUUUGUUGUAGAUAUGUGCUUGGCUCUGGGUGAACUCAGAUCAUGACUAAGUAUUCAAGGACACAAAAUGUGUAAUCCUCCCUAGCCUUGGUUUCAUACAUCAUUGAGGAGCUCCAAAUAGUGCUCUAGAGCUUCUUUGGCUACAGAGACUUUGGCUGUGUGAAACAUUGAAGAUUUUUUGGUAGCAGUUCAUACUAAGUUGCUUGAACCUAGUGAUGGCUGAGGCAGAAAACUUAUAUAUAAACUCAUAUAUUAAUUCUAGGUGUAUAUAAUCUAUAGAUGUAUAAUAUAUCCAUCUCCUAGCUCAAUAUUUGGCAUCAGUGUUAUGAAUUGCUAAUAGACUGAUGGUGAAUGGUGUUAAUCCAGCUGGCCUCUGGUCAGUAGUGGGGUUCCCCAAGGCCCAGAAUUGGGAUUGGUCCUGUUCAGUGUCUUUAUCAGUAACCUGGAUGAGGGGAUUGAGGGCACCCUCAGUCAACUGCAGAUAACAUCAAGCUGGGUAAGAGUGUUGAUCUGCUGGACGAUAAGAGGGCUCUGUAAACUGGGGAGUCUGACAGGAUGGAUGCUGAGGAUUGCCCCAGUCCAUGUGUAGGACCUUGGCCUUGGCCUUUCUGAACCUCAUGAGUUUCCCAUGGACCCACUUCCCAUGUCUGCCCAUGUCCCUCUGGAGGGCAUCCCUUCCCUCCAGCAUGUUGAUCACACUGCACAGCUUGGUGUCGUUGGCAAACUUGCUGGGGUUGCACUCAAUCCCAUAGUCCAUGGCACCAGUAAAGACAUCAAACAGUCCCAAUGUGGACCCUUGAGGAACUGGUCUCCACUUGGACAAUGAGGAAGCAACCUCUACUCUUUUAAUGUGGCCACCCAGGUCUGUCUGUCAAAUCCAUGUCUCUCCAGUUUACAGACAAGGAUGCUGAGUAGGGCAGUGUCAAAUUCUUUGUCCAAAUAGAUGAUGUCAUUCCCUCUUCCUUCCUCCAUCACAAAUAUAACCCUGCCAGAAAGCCCCCAAAUUUGAUGGCAGUACCAGGUCAACAUCGAGACUCAAUGAUCUUAAAGUUCUCGCCCAAUUGAAGAAAGUCUAUAAACUGGUUAUCAUUAAGAUUUUCUCUGGGUUCCUGCCUAUACUGAAGUAACUGAGGAGCUAAAACAUGUUUUUAUCACACUGCAAUUAAACCUCCAGAACUAGAAGUGGUAACAGAGAUCAUGGUGGGUAAAAGAUUUUCACUAGUCUUCUGUUCAGUAAAUCUCACAGAAUUUUAUGAUGCUGAACCUGAAGGCAAUGAGAACAAGAUUUACUUGGGUUUUCACCAAGAUUUCAGGAGCAUCUGGUUAAAAUUGGUGGCACACUGACAGUGGCUUGUGAAACCUCUCCGUCUCUUUGCACUGUGUCUUCUAAAUUUAUUUUAAUUUUUUUUCUGUAUCACCAUAAGCAAUACAUCUUUAUUUUAAAUUCAUAAUCCUGUCUUUAUUUUCCAAAUCUUUAUUUUACUUGAAUGUGCUGUUACUAAAAAUCCCCUCUCUGGUAUGUUAUGGUGCACCAUUUGUCAGUCGACCAUUUGUCAAGUACCUCUUUUCCAUUCUGGUGUAAGAUUUGGAAUUAAGAAUUAGAUUAACCUACACAUCCCAUAAGGAAUUACAAUGGGCCUGAGGAUUUUUUCUUCAGUUAGGUUAAAACUUGUGAGUUAGCUUGAAGGCAGAAAAUCUGUCACAGUCUUAAGAUGUCCACUUAUAAAGAUUCUGCAUUGAAUUGACUCUCAAUGUUGAAUUUGUUUGAUUGUCAUAAUUCUUAUUUGAGUUUUGCAUAUAAAUAUUUUUGCUCCUACAUGAAUUUCCUUCUAUUGUGGAAUUUUAUGCAUUUUUCAGACUAUAUUUUCUAAAGCACUUCACAGUUGUAUUUAAAUGUGGGGGGGUUUGCUUCUUUUGAUUCAUAUAUUUAUGCAUUAUGUACAAAACCCAAUAUUUUCAUUCUGUUAUCAGGUGAGAUUUUUUUCUUUUCAGCAGUUUUACACACUUUAUAGUCAAAAUAAAAGUUUGCUGGUGAAACUACA